UUCAUGACAAUGAUGUCGAAAGUGAUUCCAAUGAAGAGAAAAUUGUGAACCUGAAGAACGGCAAGAAAAUGUCUGGUGGGAGUCAUAUGUUUUCCGAGUCAUCCGACUACAAAUGCACCCCUGUUGUUGGUACAAAGGAGAAAAAGUCAUCACCUAUAAAUUCUUCCAAAGAGAAUUUUGAACAUUUGAAAAAUGAAGGGAAAAUUUUCACAUUUUCUUGCGUUGGUACAAAGGAGAAAAAGUCAUCACCUAUAAAUUCUUCUGAAGAGAGCGUUAAGCAUAUGAAAAAUGAGGGGACAAUCUCAACAUUUUCUUCACCUAAACUGUUUACAAACAAAACCAGCGGUUCUUUUUUUCUUGGCGGUGUUAAAAUUAAGAAUCCAGGUCCGCCAUUACGUGUAGGACUAUCAAGAAACCAUAAGUGCUGUUGGAAUGAAGUUCGACUAUAUAUGUCUUAAAGUGAAUGGUUUGAACCCGGGAACUCUGAAGAUAACUACCGCUAAGGUUGUCGAAACGUCAGUCAACAUCAACACGAACAGUCCUUCUUAGGACUUUAUUGUCAUGGGUGAUGUACAUCUACAAACAUAUAUAUAUAUAUACGUCAAAUGUCAUUUGUGACUGUUGUAGGACAUCUAACCGUGGUUAAAUACGAUUAACAACAGAAUGUAAAUUUGUAUUAUAGGCUAUAACGUCUUCACAAAUAAAAUAAGAAAAUUGAGCAGUUCUUUUUGACAGUUGAAUGGUGAAAUUAUACGGUCUAUUACAAAUUGUAA